UUAAUCGCCAAAAAAUAAACAUUACGUCACCUAACUUUACGCUAUGGAAUCAUGUUUCUACCAGGAAAAAGUCGCACCCACGUGAUGAAGAAAUUAAUGAAAUACAACAGUAAAACACAACCAUUGCCUCAAAUAUUCUUUAAAGGCAAAUAAAAAAAGAAAAGUAUUUUGUGGAAAUGGAUAAUGAAGAACAUAAAGAUAUAUUGCUAAAGAUUGCAAAUAAUCUGCUGGAAAAAGAUGUUAAAGCAAUUAAGUUUUAUUAUGCAUCAAAAAUUGGCUAUGCUCAUCUUGAAAAGAUCAAAACUUCUAUUGAAUUAAUUCAAACUUUAGAACAUCGUAUGGUUCUUGGGGUUGAUCACUAUGAUGCUUUUGUUGAAGUACUUAACAAAAUUGGAAGGAAUGACCUGGCAAAACAAUUUUCUCAAACUUUGAGUUCACCAGAAAGUUCUACCAGAACUUCUUCUAAGAAAGAUAUAUCAGAAAUAUGCACAGCACUCAAAAGUUUCUAUCUUACAAAUUAUGGGAACAUAAAUGAAGUUCAAGUACCACUAAGAUUGCCUGCUAAUGUUGAUUUAAUGCAUAAAUUUGUUGAUCUAUGUAUUGUUGAUGCAGGUAAUACUCAAGUAGAUGCUGUUUUUAGUGUUGAGCGAGAGGAGUUUCUAAAAAAGCAAUUGCGUUAUACACCAAUUCCAUAUAAUGAAAUUUUUAUGAAAGAAAAAUCUGUAACUCUAAUAUCUGGAAUAGCUGGUAUUGGGAAAACAUGGUUGCUUAGAAAAUGUUUGCUUGAUUGGUCAAAUGGUCUAAUUUGGAAAAAUGUUAAACUUGUGUUUUAUUUGGAAUGCAGAAGGCUUAAUCGAUAUCAAAAUAUUGGUAGUAUUAACGAAUUAAUAAAUUUUUUCUACAGAGAUAUUGUAAAUGAUUUUGAUAUUAGUAUUUAUUCUGCGCUGUUUAUAAUUGAUGGAUUAGAUGAGUUUAAAUAUUUAAAUGAAUUAAUAAAUUGCAGUUCGACUAGUAACUAUCCAAUUGUUAAUGUUUUAACAGAAAUUCGAAAUAAUAAAUAUGUAGUUGCUGGUAGAGUUUAUGCAAUUGAUCAGUAUCAAAGUAUAUCUACUGAGGAUUGUGAUAAGAUAAACAUUCAAAUUAUGGGAUUUAAUGAAGAUGGAAUAAAUAAUUAUAUAGAAAAUAAUGUUUUAGAGGAAAAAAAAGAUGUUGUGAAAGCAACUUUGAAGGAAUCUGCAGUUGCAAAAUCAAUGUCAUCUGUUCCAUUUUUUUUAUCUUUCAUGUGUAAGAUUAUUAGUUGUUCAAAUAAUUUAUACAGAAAUUCUUUUUUAACAAUGACAGACCUGUAUGCAAAUAUUUUUUUACACUUUUUGCAAAAACACAUUAUCAAAAACAAUGAAUCAAUUUCUCAAUUUAUGGAAAACAAUUCCAAUAAAAAAUAUGUUCUAAACAUUUGUAAAAUUGCGUACCAAUUGUUUGUUGAAAAUAAAGUAAUUUUUUUCAAAGAAGAAAUUCAAACUUUUGUCAAUGAGUUUGAUAAAAAUGAAGAAACUUUUUUUGGAUUUAUUGAGAGGAUUGAAACAAGUCUAGGUGAAUAUAUUUAUCAAUUUGCACAUUUGACAAUAAUGGAGUUUUGUGCAUCUAUAUAUGCAUAUAAUUGUUUAAGUAGUGAAGAGAUUAUGACCAAUGAAAAGCUGAAGAGUUGCUUAUCAAUGGUUUGUGGUUUAACCAAUAAAAAUCAAAAUAGUUCAUUAAAGUUUCUUGUUAACCUGAAUCCUUUAAAAAAUACUUGCAAAGAUUCUUUAUUUUUGUUUUCUAUUAUUGAUCGUCUACUCAAAUUAUCCCGUCAAAGUGAUAACGAUUAUCAAUUUGAAACUUAUUAUGAUAAAAUAUUUCGUCAACUUAAAUUUAAAACUUAUGUUUAUCAACUUAAAACUUUAGAUCGUCUACUUAAAUUAUCUCUUCCAAGUCGUGAAACUUUUUUUGUUAAUUUAUUCAUUGAAUGUUUUUAUGAAAGUCAGUCAUCAUUUACUGAUAAAAUAAAAAUAAUCGUUGAUAAACGAGAGUGGGAGAUUGUGAUUAACAAUAGAAAAACUUCUUACGAAACUUCUUGUGAAAAUUAUUUCGUAAAUCAUUACAUUAAAUCUGGAAGAAAGUUAUCGAUGUUACUUGUUGAUAAAAAUAUUUUAAGUGAUGAAGAAAAAAAUCUUAUAAUUCAAUGUUUAAGCAAUGUUCGCGAUGUCAACUUUCGUUGUCCAAUCAAAUUUGAAGGAUGGAAACCAAAAGAUAAGAUUGAAGGGUUGUUGAUAUCCAUCUCACGUUAUUUGAUAACGAAAAAAGAUUUUGAAGAAAAUUUUCUUUCGUGGAUAAAUCUUUGUGAAAGAUUACAUCUUUACCUUCACAGAGACAUUGAUUUCAUUGAAGAGAUUUAUGAAUGGAUUCAUUGUUUGAAUCUCAAGUCUUUGUCGAUCAAGUACCGUGGAAAAUAUUUUAAUAACCUCGAUGAAUUAAAAAACUUCAAUACACAGAAAAAGGUUUAAUAUUUUAAAUAAAGUAUAAACAAUAAUAGAAAAUUAA